AUGGGAUCCCCAAACAAAGCAUCUCCCACCAGAGGGGGUGAUGAUUCACCAUCUUCCUCUUCAUCACUUCGAACUUCAUCUCUCCUCCGUCGUGUUGGGUCCGUGAGAGUGCACAGAAACGACCUCUCUGAACGCCUUGGACUCUUGAGAAUGAUGAGUAUGUAUGUUCUCGCGCAUAUAUCGAGAUCUACUGACAUUCAAGACCCUUCGAGCGCCCGCAAGAGGAGCAAAUCAAACCCCCAAGUGGCUUCGCCGCCAACCACGCCGCGGUUUAUCGUCCAAGAACCGCCUUCUCAUCGCAAUGGGCUUCCUGCUUGGGACCGCGCAUUUGACGCCGUCUACCACAGCAGCAUCAGCCAAACUCCAACCUUCUCUGACACUCUUACCAGCUUCUUUGAGGAUCACGGACGCUCAAGACCAGACUCGGGCUACUUUCGCCUCCCAGACGAUAUCCGGCAACGAAUCUGCAACCUCAUCCUCCCCGUCGUCGAUCGUCCAGUACGUCUAAACCGCCUCUUCUUCACUCGCGAUGUCUGGCGAGAAGGAGACCUCGCAUCACCAACCGACGCUCUCCUACCUCUAACUCCGUACUCCCAAGUCUCGUUUGCCUUUCGCGCCGACUUUCUCGUGGCGUUCCUUCAGAGCGUCACGCUGCAUGCCGUCUUCUCGCCCUUUGUGGGGUGCAGGGUUAACCCCCUCGCCACGGCCUGGCUGAAUCGCUAUGGGCCGUAUGCAACGAGCAUUGCUGUCGAGAUUGACAUGUCGCGUUUGGGUUGUGGACCAGGGGAUAGCGCUACCUGUCUUCUUCCCGAUGUCGAGCAUGUUGAGGAUCUCGUUUGCGAGUUUGGAGACUCGCAGCUGAAACGAAAAGAGUCUCUUCCCAUGCAGAGUCUGGUUCUCCUCUGCCGACGAUUCUACGGCCGUCGUAGUCCUUCACUGUCAAGACCAGGCACAGGACGUUCCAGCGGUGCGAGUAGUAGCAGCAGAACCAACUCGACCGAAGGCACGAGGUUCCAGUCUCCAGAGAUGUACGCAUCUAUGGACGAGCUCAUGAAGCAGAUGACCGAUGAAACCGUGUCGAGUCCGUUCGAAACACCGAUGCCGUCGCCGUUGCUCCAAUCAGAGUACUGUCCAGACUCGUACCUCCUUUUCUGCAACCACAUAAUCCACCUCAAAGGACGAAUCAACUCCCUACGAAUGUGUGGUUUCGACGAGACGUACACGACGCGGUUCAUUGCGACAUUGUUCUCAGAUGUCAACAGCGGACAGACGUACCGGGUAGCGCCCUCGACGAUAUGGCCUAGACUCAGUGGGCAAAAGUCCUGUCUGGACUCCGGAGACGGAUACACAAUACUGGACGAGCACCAAGUCCAAUCAGCUUUGAACACUCCAACGGCACUUCGACCCUGGGAAGGAUGCGUACAGCUCCCUCCCCCCAUCCUUGACAAAGAAGGAAACACCAGCCUCCCACCCAUCGUGGGAGAUCUACAGAGACUCAGGAGUCCAUACGCAAGGACAGUCACGAGUCUAUCGGAGCGAACAUGUGAUCAAAUGCUCAAGGAAACCGGGGGACUUGGAAAUGGAUCCGACAAGAAUAGAUUUCUACGGUUCAUGAAGAAGUACGGCAAGAAGAAGAAGCAGAGGAUCCUGACGAGGGAGGCUUCUGCGACGAUGUGA